UCACUUCUACUGGCGUGUGGGGAUUCUCCUGUGCGAAAAUGCCGGAUCCAGCAAAAUCUGCUCCUGCUCCUAAGAAAGGUUCUAAAAAGGCUGUCACGAAAGUGCAGAAGAAAGACGGUAAGAAGCGCAAGCGCAGCCGGAAGGAGAGCUAUUCUGUUUAUGUAUAUAAGGUGCUGAAGCAGGUUCAUCCAGAUACCGGCAUUUCGUCGAAGGCCAUGGGCAUCAUGAACUCCUUCGUGAACGAUAUUUUCGAGCGCAUCGCGGGCGAAGCGUCGCGCCUGGCGCAUUACAACAAGCGCUCGACUAUCACGUCCCGGGAGAUCCAGACAGCUGUGCGCCUUCUGCUGCCCGGCGAGCUAGCCAAGCAUGCCGUGUCCGAAGGCACCAAGGCGGUCACCAAAUACACCAGUUCGAAGUAAGCGUGAAAGAGACGGACUAGAACAUCUUAU